UAUUUUUAUUUUUUUGAUUGAAAUAGGUAGAGUAUUCCGCCUUUAUGCUUAUUGGUGGAAUUCGCCAGUAAAGCUAACCUGCCAAACCUUAGAUGCAUCUUUUAUUGAUUUAUUGCUUAUAUUAUCAAAGAAAACAUUGUCCAUUUUUUUCUGCUUUAAAACUAUUUACUUAAAUUAUUACCACAUUUCACCUCUAUAAAUGUCCUCUUUAGCUCUAUGUUAGAAAAAUACAUUGCAUCUUCAGUCUACUCUAUGAGUCAUUUAUGCUUUGACCACAUGGACCUGUCGGGCACAUGUGGGAUAUUGUUAAAGAGAAUAUUUGAGCAAUAAUACGUUUUCAACAUGUAAACGGACACAUGAUUCCGAAUAAUCAAGAAAUCCAAAUACAAUAAAGGGAUACAGGCAUAAGCUUGAAGAUGUCAGUUGUAUCAUCAAGAGUUAGUAGUGUCUCGUCGAUUUUAAAGGCUCCUGGAGUCAGAUCGCAAUUAAUUAGACAAUCUAAUAGAGUGUAUUUUAAGCUUCCAACAAAUUUGAAGAAUAUUAUUUAUAAUUUUGAAAGUGGCAAUGGAACUAAAGAUUAUGAAGAUUUAAUAUGCGUUUUAAGAGAUUCAAAUAUAAAGGAUUCAGACCUAAUAGAAUUUUUAAUGAAUGUUAGACAAUGUAUAUCAUUAUUGAAUCCAGUCCAUAAAUUAUUUGUGGAAACACUUUUACAAUUAAAGUGGACAAAUCGUUCUUUAGAAGUUGCAUCUGCUUAUAAAUCAUUUAUAGAAGAUUUAAUUUGUAUGCAAAUUCAUUAUGCUAAAAACGUAAUCGAUAAUUUAGUUGAACAAUUUAAGCCAGAUGAGAGUGAUGAAACGGAAUGGGAAGCUGGAGAAUGUAAAGAAGAAGAUAUCUAUAGAUUAAAUCAUAUACAUGAUGUUCUAUGCAAAAUUUUGAAAAUUGUGCCCAUGUCAAGUAAGCUAUUAUUACAGUCGCUUAGAGGAAGAUUUCCAUAUAUUAUUCAUGGUACUCAUAUGCAUGAAGUUUAUGUUUAUGCAUUACUUCAGAUAUUGGAAUAUGCACCUCAAUUAAGAUCUGAUAUUUUGUCUCUAAUUAUCAAUAGGAUGAUGGUAUUGGAUGUAAAUAUACCAAGAUUAGAGACAGAUAAUGAAGACGAAGACUUAAUGGAUGAUAGUAGUGAAUGUGACAGUCUAACCGGUAAUGAGAAUAAUGUUGAAGAUACUGAUAUAAAAGAAACAGAUAAAUUACAUCCAAUAGCUCAUAAAUUGGAUGUGUGUAUGGAACUGAUUCUGAAAUACAUGCAUGACUUCUGUUUUGUUGAAGAAGUUUUGCAAAUAGAACAUUUAAAAAGUCUUUACUAUGAUUUAUUACAAAUAUUUGAAACAGUAAUAUUACCUACUCAUGCAAGUCAAUUUGUGCAGUAUAUUAUACUCUAUAUUUGUAGUUUUAAAACAGCUGUUGCGGAGGCUUUUAUAGAUUGGUUGUGGCGUAAAGUCUCAGAUCCUAAUAUACCUUCUGUUACACGGCAAUCAUCUGUAGGAUACAUUGCCAGCUUUCUAGUUACCGCAAAUUUUAUCACAACUGGGAUUGUGAAAGCUGUGCAGCUUAGGCUAUGUAAAUGGAUACAUGACUAUAUUAAUAUACAAGACCAUACAAGUUAUAUAAACGACGAAAACAAAGAUCAUUCAGUAUUUUAUUCAGUUUGUCAAGCAUUAUUCCUCAUAAUUACUAAAAGGCAUAAUGACUAUCCUGAUUCAAAAAAAUAUAUGUUAUAUCUACAAGAAUUGGAUUUAGCAAAAAUUAUAACUUCCAAAUUGAACCCAUUGAAGGCUUGUCACCCUGAAAUCGUGCACAGUUUUGCAGAGGUUACACGAAUGUACCAAUUGGCAUAUUGUUAUACUAUAAUUGAGAAUAAUACACGAAGUCAACUUCCUAUAUUUAAUAGUCAGAAAACAACAAUAGCUACAAUUGAAAACUUUCUUCCAUUCAAUUCUUAUAUAUUACAGCGAAGCGGUCAUAAAUUGGUUCCUUUGUUUCGUGACAAUGUUACUAGUAGUAACGAAUAUAAGAUGUUAACAAAAUACAAAGAGGACAUUGAUUACAUGACUGAAUAAUGUUACUUUACUUAAGUUUUCAAAUUCAAUAUAAAUUAUAUUUUAAUGUAUUUUCCGUCUAUUGGUAAACAUCUUUUGAAUAAAU